AUGGAAGGCCAAUCAGAGGAUAACACGAUCGAAAAGGAGAAGAAAGAGCAAGGACCAAAUCCGCGGCCGCGGACAGAAGAAGUUGAAGAAUCACUGCUCAUACGUAGUUGGGAAGAGGAAACCACACCAACGACUAUAUAUCUCACCCAUUCUGUUUACAUGUCCGACGACAGAUUCUACCAAGAAAUUUCAAAACUUAUUAUUAGAAAUUGGAAUACUGUGGAGUUUCAAGACCGACGCAACUCUAUAAUAGAAAAUACAAUGAGGGAGGUGCGUCAUAUCAUUAAACAUGAUUCAAACAAGGGACAUCAAAAGUUGGAUGUAUGUGUGGAUUUAAAAUUGGUGAAUGUUUGUAUGGGAAGGAUGUUGGUUCCAGAAGAAGAAAUAGCGUUAUCAAAUCGUAUGGUGCCAGCUAGUAAGUCAUCAAUGAAAUUACUAAAGAAGAUGGAGAUUGAUGAAGAAAGAUAUAGUAGCAAGGAUGAAUGUUGUGUAGUGUGUUUAGAUGAAUUAAUUGUGAAGGAAUCUGAUGACGCUGAGAUACUUUGCAUGCCUUGUUCUCAUAUGUUUCAUGGAGAAUGUAUUACCAAGUGGUUAGAGACAAGCCAUUAUUGCCCUAUUUGUCGCUUUCAGAUGCCCACGGAACAAGAUUAA